AUGGCGACCGUGACUGCCUUCUCGUCCUCUUCACCUCGACCUCCCAAAAGUUGUUGCUACUGCAGUGACUCAGCAGCCAACAGGAGAGUCAUAAUCUUCCUCACAAAGAAGGAGAUGAUCGACCACCUCCUCAGCCUCUUGGUACAGCUGGGAUAUUUGGCCAUUGUGUUCCUUUGUCCUAUCUUGUCUGCCUUACUAAAGACACCACGUUUGGGCUUGGCCUUGCAGCUAGACGGUGGGCGGCCCCUCUGCCUCGCCCUGGGAAUCCCCGCCGACGCAGCGAUCGGUACUUGGCGAGGCCAGCGCUGCCAUUCACAGGCGCCGUCCUCAAGGGAACGGAGUAGCAGUCACUCCGCGAUGUUGGUCCUCCUCGUGGUGCUUUUCGCAGGUGCUGCCACCUGCUUGGAGGUCGAGCCCCCGAGCAUCACGGACGACCAUCGCUACAUCUCCUACAGCGUCCGUCCCUCGGGAAACCAGAGCACGAUCGUCUGCAACUACACGCUGGGCGAGGGCCAGGCGGUGUCCGGGGUCCUCUGGCAGAUCCUGAAGGAGGAAGUCUCGGCCGGAACCUUCGAGUGGAAGCCAAACGCCCCUGCGACUGCCACAGGUCUCCUGAAGGACAAGGUGAACCUCGAACGCGAUGACAGUGACCUGGAACUGACCACGCUGACCUAUGAGCUGAGCGCCAACUACAGCUGCACCGUCACUGCCGACGAUGGCAGGACAGCGAGUGCCAGGGAUGAAAUACUGAUCAUAGAUACCACCAGCAGGCACGUGUACCACGGCACCAAUAUGAACGAGGGCAAGUGCAGACUGGAGGUUGAUAUCAAGUACUACCCGGUGUUUCCGCAGCCAACCGUGGGUGCGGGCUUGUACUCGGACAGCCUUGGCGGAUUCUACGAGGAAAUCGCCAACUGGGCUCGCGUCGUCCAUGCCAACGGCUCCGUGGGAUUUUCCUGCCAUUAUGAAUUCCAGGUCAACGAGAACACCCCAGCGGAUGCCUACUUCACCAGCUCCCUGGGCGUCACGAAGUCCGAUGGAACAUACAUAGCCUGUCAAAUUUCAAGCGUGCUGCAAGAACGUCAGCAUUUCGGAGAACCAGACCGUCAGCUACAACACCGACAUGUGGACAUGCUUCGGCGAGCCCUUCUCGCACUUCGGCGUGCAGGUGAGGACCCGCUCGUGCCCUCCACCUCGGACAGCGACUGA